UCUUCUUCUUCUUCUUCUCUUUGUCGUUGCAAUAGAUUCAAAAAUGCAUAACAGUCUAAAUUUUGAAGGUUCUGUCUUCCCCAAGUUUGCUAAAAAUGCACAAAGGUCCACACAUGGUACCAAGAAACACUGUUGGGGCUAAAAAUUCCAAACUCCAAAGUCCAAGCCAACCAACCAAACAAACUAAACUUAAAACAGAAACCCAUUUCCACUUUCCUCUGUGCGCUAAUUGUCAGUCACGUGCGGUCUGCAACAAUGGCAGUAUCAUCGCACUUUUAUAAACCUCUGUCAAACCCACGUUCCAGUUUUUCACAUAAAAGACAACCCAAUAUAUAAAAUUUUUACUCUUCUUUAUUAGUACUUCACUCCCUUUAUUUAAUCCUCCUUUCUCUCCCACACGUACAAAACUACGAACAAUGCAGUUCACGUACUCAUCUUUGAUAUUAACAACAUAGCAGCACCAUUGUCUUUUUAAUUGACUUUUCUUUGGUCUUGUUCUUGUUGCGGUGCUGUUGUUUGAUUAGGAGAAAGAUGGAUGCUUUGUCGAAUUCUUGUUCUUCUUCUUCCUCUUCUUUUUCUGCUGUGUGCCCAAAGUCGCCGCCUGGCGUUUUAGAUUUGUAUGGGAAGAGAAGGCAGUUGGUUAAAGUACAAAUCUUGGAAAGAGAGAUUGGCUUGCUUCAGGAAGAAUUAAAAUCUGUGGAAGACCUUGAACCUGCUUCCAGAAGUUGCAAAGAGCUCAAUGACUUUAUUAUAGGGGCUAAAUCCGAUCCUCUUGUGUCAAUCAGGAAUGAGGAGACUCAUAAAUCCCAUCUCUGCUGGAAGAGUGCCCCAUGGAUUUGCGGCUUCAGUGGUUGCCAACCUCAUUUAAAAAUGGCAAAAUGCUGUGCCUGCUGUCCACUGAGUAACUCCCAGCUGAACUUAUGCAGCUGCACAGAAAAACCGGCCUGUCAACAUUGUUGCAAAUGUACAGGACUUUCAUGUCCGCGACUCAGUCACUGCUGUUUCAGUUCAUCCCUCUGUAAUUGUCCGAAGAUGAAUCUUUGCUGUAGUUGCUCAAACAACUGUUGUAAGUCAUGCUGUUUAUAAUCUUGCAUUUGCUUGUAUUUUUUUUCUUUUUCUUUCCUUUUCUCGAUCUGUGAUUUUAUUUAGUCUAAUUUUAAUAGUAAAUAGAGACAAAUUUUCUUUCCAUA